GGCAAAUCCUGAAGAACGACUGCAUCCUUCAUGCUACCCUCCUCUUGCUCUCACCGGUUGGUGGCCGAGCUGUGGAAUGCCCUGGAUGCCUGUGCCGAGCGACAGCGGGAGCUGGAGCGGAGCCUGCAAGUCUCCCGGCGGUUGCUGGGGACCUGGGGACCAGCCAAGACCCCAGCUCCGGAGCCAACCCCAGGGCUAGAAACUAAUGAAGAGGCCCCAUUUCCAGCAUGCAAACCCAGCCCCCAAGACCUCAAGGAGCUGGAGCUUCUGACCCAGGCACUGGAGAAGGCUGUACAGGUUCGAAAAGGCAUUUCUAAGGCUGGAAAAAGAGAGAAGUCCUCCAGCCUGAAGUCUGGGUCCAUUGCCACUUCUGCUACCACAGCUCCUGCCCCACCCCGAGCUUCUGAAACAAAACCCCCCAGGGGCAUCCACCAGAUCACCAUGCCUGCCAAGGGCCUCCCUAAGCCCAGGCUUCUGUCAGUCGGGGAUCAGACCUGUAAGGGGAGAGGGACCCAAGAUGCCAAGCCUGGGCCAAGCCUCAGGGACCAACAAAUAGCUCCAUUGGCUGCUCCUCAAGCCCCAGAAGCUUUCACACUCAAAGACAAGGGGACCCUGCUGCGGCUACCCACGGCCUUCAGGAAGGCGGCUUCUCAGAAUUCCCGCCUGUGGGCCCAGCUCAGCUCUACACAGACCAGUGAUUCCAUGGAUGCUACUAUGUCCUCCAAAACCCAGUUCCUCCAGAAAAUGCAGAUGACUUCAGGUUGGCCCAGCUCUGGGCUCAGUGCUGCAGAGGUGGAGGCAGAAGUGGGGCGCCUGCAAAAGGCCUGCUUGCUGCUGAGACUGCGAAUGGUGGAGGAACUCACAACAGACCCCAAGGACUGGAUGCAGGAAUACCGCUGCCUGCUUACCUUGGAGGGACUGCAGGCCCUUGUCGGGCAGUGUCUCUGCAGGCUACAGGAGCUUCGGACAGCAGUAGUGGAACAGCAGCCAGGCCCAUGGCCUGAAGGGAGACUCCCCAGGGCCUCACCGUCCUGUGGAGGAGGAGCAGAUUCCAUCUGGAGCCCCCAGCUGCUUCUCUACUCCAGCACCCAGGAGCUGCAGACCCUGGCAGCCCUCAGACUUCGGGUGGGCAUGUUGGACCAGCAGAUCCACCUGCAAAAGGUCCUGAUGGCAGAACUCCUCCCUUUGGUGAGCACACAGGAGCCACUGGGACCAGCCUGGCUGGCGCUGUACCGGGCUGUGCACAGCCUUCUCUGCGAAGGAGGCCAGCGUUUCCUCACCAUCCUUCGAGAUGAGCCUGCUGACUGAACUCUUUCUGCCGCAGGGCAAGCUGGUUCUAGGUCUGUUGGGGAGAGCACCCCUCUCUGGUCGGAGUUUAAUGAACAGGGGUUGAGGGGAUUUUCACUUGUGCGGUGGUCUGGGCUGAGAUUCCUAUACUCCCCUGGGAAACCAGAUUUCCAAGGAGUGGGGACGGCCUCCUGGCUCUUCCUGAGGAACGAGGGCCCUUCUCAUAGCUGCUAAACCUGCUCAGGGUACAGCAGGGCCCUGCACAGUCUUGGGGAGUUCAAAGGCCCCUAGGGGGCUUUUCUUAGCUACCUCUGUUUUCUCACUUUAGGCUCAAAAGCUGCUUGUGUGACAUUAAAGCUACUUUAGAAAGUAUA